AAAGAGGCACAUCAAUCCACAUUCCGUAAAUUUCAGUUACAAUCACCAAAACGACGAUCCCUCUCUUUCUCUCCCAUAACCUUACCUAAGAAGAAGAAGAAGGACGAGGAGGAGGUUCAUGGCGGCGCCGACGACCUCGUUUUUGUCGCCGACGCAGAGAUACGCUGCCGGAGGAUUGUUCAGCCUGGCUCUUCACGAGGCCCAGAUUCAGCAGACCCACCAGAUAGCCUCACCCGCUUCAGAGGACCCCCUCUCUGACGUUCGAACCAGUAGUAGCUCCAGCAGUGAUUCAGUUUCCGAUGACCCGGAUCUUUGGGUCCACCACCAUUCGGGUUUGCUCCGACCCGUUUUCAAGUUUCUAGAUAUUGAUUCCGCCGCGUGGUCAGGACUAGAGGAAACUGCGGGUUCUUCUACAGCUACACAUCAUGUGGGACCAUUCUUGAGAUUUCUCUCAGAAGAAUUUGAUGAUGGUUCUUCUCAAAGCUUAGAUCAAGAACUUGCUUUGUCAAAAGCUGUUGAUGGUAUAGUACUUGACAUGGAAGAAAACUCGGAGUCUUCCAAGUCUAAAAGAGAGAAGCUUCAUGAAUAUGAACAUCAAUGUCGUGAAAAGUUUUCGACUGCUGAUGCUCAAACUAAUUCUGAAAAGGUAAAUACGCAUUUGGAAACACAGCAGGAGACAGAUACCACCCCUUUGCUUGACUGUAAAGACCCACACCAGGGAUCUGUUAGUAGUAAAAAUGAUGAGAGGCCAAUUGAAGAAGUGAUGAUGCUCAGUGAUCAGAGGAAAGUGACAGUUCUCUAUCAACUUCUCUCUGCUUGUCUUUCGGAUUUAGGUGAAGAUAAUGAGAAAUAUACCCGGAGAAGAAAGGGCUAUGAUGCUCGACAUCGUGCGGCUCUGCGGUUGCUGGCAACUUGGCUUGAUAUCAAGUGGAAAAAAAUGGAGGCCAUUGAGGUCAUGAUUGCUUGUUCUGCAAUGGCUUUCAUUAAAGAGCAAGAAUCAAAGAAAGAAGAAACUCAAUCAAAAGAAAGCAAAUGGGCUAAAUGGAAGCGUGGUGGUAUUAUUGGUGCUGCUGCAUUAACUGGGGGAACCUUGUUGGCUAUUACUGGUGGGUUAGCUGCACCAGCAAUUGCUGCAGGACUUGGUGCUUUGGCUCCAACUUUGGGUACUCUGAUCCCUGUGAUUGGAGCAAGUGGAUUUGCUGCAGCUGCUAGUGCUGCAGGAACUGUUGCUGGUUCUGUUGCAGUUGCUGCAUCAUUUGGAGCUGCUGGAGCUGGACUUACUGGAAGCAAAAUGGCUAGGAGAGUUGGAGGUGUUGAUGAGUUUGAAUUCAAAGCUAUAGGAGAAAACCAUAACCAAGGCAGGCUAGGGGUUGAGAUCUUGGUCUCUGGAUUUGUCUUUGAGAAGGAAGAUUUUAUAAGGCCAUGGGAAGGACAAAAUGACAACUUGGAGAGGUAUGCACUGCAGUGGGAGUCCAAGAAUCUAAUUGCUGUGAGCACUGCGAUUCAAGAUUGGCUUACUUCAAGACUUGCAAUGGAGCUGAUGAAGCGAGGUGCAAUGAUGACCGUUUUGAGUGCACUUUUUACUGCAUUGGCUUGGCCAGCUGCAUUACUUGCAGCAACUGAUUUCAUAGACAGUAAAUGGACAAUUGCCAUUAACAGAUCAGACAAAGCAGGGAAGCUGCUUGCUGAAGUAUUAUUAAGAGGAUUGCAGGGAAAUAGGCCUGUGACACUUGUAGGCUACUCACUUGGGGCCAGAGUUAUUUUCAAGUGCCUACAGUAUUUGGCUAAAACAGAAAAUAGUGCUGAACUAGUAGAAAGAGUUGUACUUCUUGGAGCACCCAUCCCAAUCAAGGAUGAGAACUGGGAAGCUGCUAGAAAGAUGGUAGCAGGAAGAUUUGUAAAUGCUUAUUCAAGGAAUGAUUGGAUGCUUGGAGUUGCCUUCCGUGCCAGUCUACUUACAAAAGGAUUAGCUGGAAUCCAACCAAUCGAUAUUCCUGGGAUCCAAAAUGUCGAUGUGACAGAUCACAUCGAAGGCCAUUCUUCUUAUCUAUGGGCUACACAAAAGAUCUUAGAUCAACUUCAAUUGGAUUCAUAUUAUCCUGUUUAUAACAGCAUUUCUUGUAUUUCUUCUCAAGCUGUUGAACCAAUUGUUGUGAAUGCAGCAGCGACCUCAGAUGCUUCAAAGUCAGAGACUAAUUAGAAAUUAUAUAUAACUUAACUUUGAUUCAUUCGAACUCUUAAAUGAGUUUUUAUACAAAUAGUGUAUUAUAUUACCUAUUUUAGGAAAGAUAUAUAUUUUUUUAAUUACAAG